GGUGCGUAAGGCGUCACCGUGAAUCUGAGUUUUAUGUGGAUAACCCGUUUGGACAGUCGGCGACUCCGAGAACAGGGGGAAGACUUGCUGAAGCGGCCUGGGAGGUAUAACUCGGAUACUGCAUAACCGGAGACCUUUUGAGGCGAAGGAGGGGAGUGCGAGGGAAAGAGGGGAGCCCCGGAGAGGGCAACAGCGAACUGCGGGAGGGUCCUGGCUGUGAAAGAUGAAUAAAAACCACCGAGCGUCGAGCAGCCGUACUCUGAGCGCCGUGGAGGUGAAGAGCAAGUUUGGUGCAGAAUUUCGUCGGUUCUCCCUUGACCGGGCAAAACCAGGUCGGUUUGAUGAGUUCUAUGGUCUGCUGCAACAUGUGCACCGCAUUCCAAACGUGGACCUGCUCGUGGGGUAUGCAGAUGUCCACGGGGACCUGCUUCCCAUCAACAAUGAUGACAACUACCACAAGGCCAUCUCUACCGCCAAUCCUCUUCUGCGGCUCUUCCUUCAGAGAAAAGAAGAGGCUGACUACUCGGCAUUUGGCACCGAUUAUAUGACCCGAAAGAAAACCGUGCUGUCUGCUGUGCUGCUACGACCAGACAACCACCGCAAGAAGCCACCAGUGAUCAUCAGCCUGCCCCGGGAUUUCCGGCCUGUGUCCUCCAUCAUUGACGUGGACAUUUUGCCAGAGACCCACCGGCGUGUGCGGCUCUACAAGCAUGGCCAGGAGAAGCCCCUGGGCUUCUACAUCCGUGACGGCUUCAGCGUGCGUGUCUCGCCACAGGGCUUGGAGAAAGCACCUGGUAUCUUCAUCUCUCGCAUGGUACCGGGAGGCCUGGCUGAGAGCACGGGCCUGCUGGCUGUCAAUGAUGAGGUGCUGGAGGUCAAUGGCAUCGAGGUGUCUGGCAAAUCGCUGGACCAAGUGACGGACAUGAUGAUCGCCAAUAGCCACAACCUGAUCAUCACAGUGAAACCGGCCAACCAGCGGAACAACGUGGUGCGCAAUAGUGGGGCCUCGGGCAGCUCGGGCCGCUCCUCUGAUAGCGGGGCCAGCCAGCACAGCUGUGCCGCUCUUGGGGCCACCCCUGUUAUGCAUAUCAUCCAGAACUUCCAGCCCGAGGAUCUAGAGAGCGACGACGAGGACCUGGUAGUGGAGGCUGGCGGUGAGGCCCAGCCCAUCCCCCUCUCGGCCUCAGCCUCGGCCUCAACUGGACGCGACGUGCCCUCACUGCCUCACUACGAGCUGCACCUGGGCCUGCAGCCCUCAGGCAGCAGCUCCCUGGGCGUGCUGGACAUCAAGCAGAGAACGCCACACUGCUGCAGCCUGGAGGAGGACGGGACCAUCAUCACGUUGUAGGAUCACCCGCCGGCGCUUCUUUCGAAAAACACGUGCCAUAGCACUACCACUUCCCUCAUAGCACUCUGAUCAGGCAAGUGGGGUGGAGGAUGUUGUCAGUCAUUCUGUAAUGGGGGCGCUACUCAUGUUUUGGGACUGGAGACAAGCCUCCCCCAACCCCCCCAUUGUUUGACACUGUACAAAACCACAAAGGGCCAGACCUGUCCUGAGGAAUGUUCCUAUGAUCUUUCAAUAGGGGGUGGGGUGGCACUGACGAUGAAUGCAACCUCCACAACUUCAAACAUUAUUUAGGCUUUUACUGACAGUCUUGACCCCUUUGCAUUACUUUUACAGGACAACCACCUGAUUAUAGUAUGCAAAAAAUGUGAGUUAAUAGUCCCUUAGCUCCUCCCCUGAGCACCCAAAUGUUCCUUCAGUAAAUAAGAGCAAAGCUCACAAUAUUAGUAGUAAAGUUAGGAAAGCUCUGGAUUUAAUAUUAAACUAGAGGCUUCAUAUCACAAUUUCCUUAUCUAACAAAUUCAGUCAUUAAUUUUUAAUGACAUUUAAUCUUGGACUUGUUUCUUUUGGAACUUUUUAUAGUUUUUAUAGUUAAACUAAUUUGUUUACCAACAAGGAUGCUUGAGCCUUUGCCUGUUCUUGUGAUGAUUGAAUUGGAGCACAAGUUUAUUAAGUCUCCAUGAUUACAUUGAUAGAAUUUCAGCUAGUUUUUAUUCAGAGCCACUUUUCCACCUGAUAGGUGAGGUCAUAGGUUAAUGUUGUGAAGUUGUAUUGUAUUCCUAUCAAGAGAAACCACAAUUACCCCCCCCCUUCCAGUUGAUGAAAGGCAAACCAUUCUGCUUGGUUACCUGAAAAGCUGGAUAUGAAUGCUGGAAACUGGUUUCAUUUAUGGAAUUAUCAAAUAUAUGUGGGUAGGAAUGGUCUUUAUUGUAUAAUUUUGUAAAAUGCAAUAUUAUGAGGCAAGACCACAUUCAUAGGCUUGCGUAAGAGAAAACCCCCCCAAAUCAUGCUUGAUGAUCUUCACCUCUGAGUUUGGCUAACUGCCAUUCCUGCACAUGGACACAUAUUAGAGAACUGUACUGAUCGGUAAGGUCUGGACACUUAAAGAACAUUUUCUUUACACAGAACUGAUAAAACCAGUCAGUAAAACUUACCACUAGAACACUCUCCUGGGGCAUGAGAUAUUCUUGAGGCAAAGACUUCCUGUCUGUGACAGACUGCUGUACUUGGUAAAAUAUGAAUUUUACACUGUAAGAAUUCCUGUAUCCACCUCCUAUAUCCCUUUACAGCUUAUCUGAAGGAACUUUGUACUGGCAUCAGCUGAAGUCAUAAUUAGUUUUGUGUCUUGUUCUUAAGUUUAGACUGCAUAUUAAUGUUUUGGUGCUGAUGUAUGACCUCUGUGCAGAUGUUUGAUGCAAAACUUUUAGUUUACCUUGUUAUUUGUGUAAUCUAAUUUGACACAGCAAAUCUACAUUUUGCAAUUGCUCUAGUUUGUUGAGACAAACACCUGAAUUGUCUGAUAAAACCAGGUAUGUCUAGACUAAUCAAAGGGCCAAUAUUUUUUUUAUUCCUUUAAUUAUAUGGUGAAUCAACGUUUCUAAUUUGUUCUCAAAACAACCCAGAAUUAUUCUUUCUCUGCGUAAUAUAAUAUAACAUAAUAUAAAAUUUAGCCCCAAAAUUUAAGGAUGAUAAUAGAAUAAUAGAUCAAUGAUAGAUUUUCUAAGCUUAGCGAUAAUCAUUAAUGCAGAGUGCUUUUCCCAGUUCUACUUAAACUCUUGUGCUACCAGUAUUCUCAGUUUAUACAUUUUAAUGAAAAAUGUCAUUUAGCUAGUGUUUGGGUGUGACAAAAUAGGUAUCUAUAGCAUUAUUUAUAUUUCCGAAAGCUGCGUAGAUUUUCUAAUUAAAUACAUUUCUAAAUAAAUUGACCAUAAAAGUGAGGACUGUGAAUGAAAUCCUGCUUAGGUCCUCAAAACAUUUAUAUAGUGGAAUGAGGCCGUCAUUCUUAUUAAAGACAUGGGUAUCAGACUGAAAGGCCCAAAAUAUAUGUGAGUCUCCCUUUCAGUUCUGUACCUCUGCACCUCAGCGUAGUGGGUAUUACUCUGAUUAUCCUCAGUCUGUAUAUUCAGCCUUACCUCUGAGGUGGCUGGCGCUCAAGAGGGAAAGGGGGAUACCUGUAAACUCUGGGGUGACUGGGGAACACACAAGCAUCUUAAUGAGUGCUGAAUUACACUAGUCAUUGUUUAAUACUUACAUUUUCAAUGUUAAUCAGUAUC